AUGGCUGUCCUUAAGAGGCCCUGGGAUGAUGGCUGCCCACGCAUUCGUGGGAGCAAUGCGAGUUGGGUUAUCGAACCCAAGAGAAAGUGGAGGCGGAGUGAGAGGGAAGACGGAGCAGCCGCGGCGGACGGGGUGGCUAGCCGGAGGAGGUGGCCGGACUGCUCGGGGUUAGGCUGGGCAUCGGUCAGCGAGUGGGACAGCCUCAGCCCUGAUGGAUCAAGCCCCAUCAUCAGGCUUCAUCAACAUGGAGUUAUACCAGCACAAGUGGAAUGUGAGAUAAGGUUACGGUUUCUUUUCCAGUGUAGCCACAUUGCACAAUUCCUACUGUGCACCAUUUAUAGAAGGACUAACAGCUCUAGCUUGUUCUGCAGUUCUAAGAGAGAUCAAACUGUUACAAGCUACGGAAGACUUGUGAAAAACCCUAAUAUCUGGCUGCGAAACUGCUUACAUGCAUUUCGCACCGAAGUAGAACUGAGGAUGCCAGGGAAAGGACUGCAGAAUUAUACCGAUAAAGGGGAGCCAUUCUCUACAGAACCGCCUUGUGCAAAAGCAAAUGCAAAGGGAACUCAGACCCCGUGCAACAACCUGCAGGGACAUCAGCAGGAGAGGAGGAGCUGACUGGGAGAAUGAAGAAUGGAAGGAUUUUUUUUUUUUUAAAUAUGAAAAUGAGUAAGAGGACUGCCAGCUGGAACAGCUUUGCUUUCCCAACCUGCUGAUACCUUUACUUGCAGGCAAAAAGGUGAGAGAACUAGAAAUUCUCCAGGUACUGCUUAGUCACACAUUGUCCCCCUUCAGGUUACGCCUCCUGGGGACUCUUCUUCCAGGAGUACUUUGCCAUAACAAACAACAGAUGUGGGGAAAUUCCCUUCUGUUUUUUUGGCAGAAGGAAAGUGGUAAUUUCCCCUUAACUUCAGCUGCUGUUUACUCAGAAAACAAAGAUGUCAUUUAGGAACAGUGAGAUUUUCUGCAUAUAUGCUGAUCUGAAAAAUCCAGAGAAUAUAGUAAGUUACGUUAACGCCCAGGACUCUGAUUUUCAUUGAUGCUUUAUCCAUCUACUAUAAAUGCUUCAGAGAAAUUAAGGAGAGCUUUUUCUGCCUACCGUGCCUCUAUCAGUUUGUGGUAAGAGCACAAUGGAUGAUGCUUAGUUGAGGUCUUCCGACCAGAUGUUUCAACCAUAAAGCUAUUUCCAGUAAAGACGUUUUGAAUAUGCAUAUGAAAGCAUCUAUAAAUACUGUGACUUGUUAGCAUUUUUAUGGCUAAAAAUAAAGAAAACUAAUAUGACUGUUGACUUCUCAUAUGAAUAUGAGAAGUUGAAAGAUUAGGUAACAUUAAAUGGAGGAAUUAACUUCUCUUGAGACUUGCGCUGGUUAGUGCAACCUACCCAAGGCUGCCAUCUCUAUCAGACAAGAUCUGAUGAUAAUUUUAUGAAUGUGAGCAAUCCAAAAGAAAUUAAUGGGGUUAAGGAACUGCAUUACAUGUAUUAGUACGGGAGACAAAUCCCACUGUCCCUAGUGAUGCAAUCAGUCUGCCAGCCUCAAAUGGCAAGAGAAACUAUGCUCCACCACGUGUUCAUAACCUUUUUAAAAACUGUUUCAAAGGAUUUGUGUUGUGUGGUUUCCUCAGAUUAUUGAAAUAAAAUCCAUUUCUGUCUU